GACAUGUCCCUGUGGGGAGCAGUGCCUCUGCACCCCAGAGCGAGGAGGACGCGGGGGUCAGAGGUGGCUGCAGGCCCAGCAGAGGAGGGACCUGUGCAGGGGGGUGGGCUGGUGGCUCGGGAGCAGCCAGGAAGGGAGGCCAGCUGGUGACAGGAGAGCCCACAGGCGUCCGGGGCUGUGUGGAGGGCCCGGAAGACUGCAGCCAUGCCUCACAGCUCCGACAGCAGCGACUCCAGCUUCAGCCGCUCUCCUCCCCCCGGCAAACAGGACUCAUCUGAUGAUGUGAGAAAAGUCCAGAGGCGGGAGAAAAAUCGCAUUGCGGCCCAAAAGAGCCGACAGAGGCAGACACAGAAGGCUGACACCUUGCACUUGGAGAGUGAAGACCUGGAGAAACAGAACGCGGCUCUGCGCAAGGAGAUUAAGCAGCUCACAGAAGAGAUGAAGUAUUUCACGUCGGUGCUGAGCAGCCACGAGCCCCUGUGCUCAGUGCUGGCGGCCAGCACGCCUUCGCCCCCCGACGUGGUGUACAGCACCCAUGCCUUCCACCAGCCUCAUGUCAGCUCGCCUCGCUUCCAGCCCUGAGUUUCGAGAGGUGGUGGGGGGCAGAUGGAGCCCCCCGCCCCCAGCUGGCCUGGCAGGCCUCAGGAGGGGUACACAGACUGUGGCCAGGCUGCCCUUGCCCCUCAGGGCAUUCUCUCCUUCAGAGACCUGGAGGCAGAGGCCUGGACAAGGAUUGAGCACAAGACUGUACCGGCUGAGAGGGUGUGAGGUCACCCGAAGCAUGGCCGCCUGUCAGCAUGUGCUGGGCCCCCAUGUGUACAGGAGGCCCAAUCCAGAGUUAAAUCCGACAUGAUGCCCAAGUCCCAUGGCACAGAGGGAGGAGGGCAGA